AGCCGCUUGGAAGGGGGCCCGGUCCGCGGCCUCAGGGCCUCGCGGAGCAGCCUCCCCGCCCCCCGUGCUUGCAGCGCGGCCCAGGGAGGGGGCGUCAUGUCCCAGCGGGUGAGGCGCAAUGGGUCCCCCACGCCCGCCGCCCCCCUCGGCGGAGGCGCGGGUGCCGCGUCCGGCCCCGGCGGCGCCCCCGGGAGUCGCCUGCAGCCCAUGAGGGCCACAGUGCCGUUCCAGCUGAAGCAGCAGCAGCAACAUGGCAGCCCCACGCGGAGCAGCGGCGGUGGCGGCGGCGGGGGUAACAACAGCGGCGGCGGCGGCGGUUCGGGACCCCCGGGAGGCGGUGGCGGAGGAGGAGGAGGAGGUGGCGGCGUCAACGUCCCGCGCACCUCCUCGCGCAGCACGAGCCCCACGCGCGCCGGCGCCGGCGGGCCCAGCGCUCGCGCCAGCCCCACGGUGGCCACGCAGACGGGCGCGCCCCCGACGUCCACGCGGGGCACCAGCCCCACGCGGGGCGCGAGCGCGCGGGGCAGCCCUCCUCGCUCGCAGCCACCGCCCCCCCAGCCAUUCCUGGGUACCGUCUCGUCCCCCUGCUCGUCCCCUAUCCAUCUUGUGCCGAGCGACACGACCGCGUCCCCCGCUGCGGCCCGGGUCCGACACCCGAGGCGGUCCCCGGAGCAGAGCCGCAGCUCCCCGGAGAGGAGGAGCCCCAGCUCACCGGUCUGCAAGGCGGGUGACAAACCACGGCCACCUUCAUCAAGCCCUUCCAGCAUUAUUCGUCGAACUUCCUCAUUAGAUACACUUGCUGCCCCUUAUCUUGCAGGACACUGGCCUCGUGAUAAUCAUGGGCAGUCUGUUCCAUGUAUGAGGGAUAAAGCUACACAGACAGAGAGUGCGUGGGCUGAAGAAUACUCUGAGAAGAAGAAAGGAUCCCACAAGCGCUCAGCAUCUUGGGGCAGCACAGACCAGCUUAAAGAGAUCGCAAAGUUGCGGCAGCAGUUGCAGAGAAGUAAACACAGCAGUAGGCAUCAUCGGGAUAAAGACCGACAGUCUCCAUUUCAUGGCAACCAUGCAGCCAUUAACCAGUGUCAGGCUCCUAUUCCAAAGAGUAUACUUAUUCCAGUGAUUCCUAUCACCAAAUCAACAGGGUCACGAUUCAGGAAUAGUGUGGAAGGGUUGAAUCAGGAGAUUGAAAUAAUAAUUAAAGAAACUGGAGAAAAGGAAGAGCAGCUUAUACCACAAGAUAUCCCAGACGGUCAUCGUGCGCCUCCUCCCCUGGUACAGCGCAGUAGUAGCACACGCAGUAUUGAUACUCAGACACCCGGUGGAGCGGACAGGGGAAGUAACAAUAGCAGCCGCUCCCAGUCUGUGUCCCCCGCUUCAUUCCUUACCAUCUCAAAUGAAGGUAGUGAAGAGAGCCCUUGUUCCGCUGAUGACCUUCUUGUUGACCCCAGAGAUAAAGAAAAUGGGAACAACUCUCCUUUGCCCAAAUAUGCCACCUCACCAAAACCUAACAACAGCUAUAUGUUUAAACGGGAACCUCCUGAAGGCUGUGAAAGGGUGAAAGUCUUUGAAGAAUGCUCGCCAAAGCAACUUCAUGAAAUCCCAGCCUUUUACUGUCCUGACAAGAAUAAAGUGAAUUUCAUUCCUAAAAGCGGCUCUGCCUUCUGCCUCGUCAGCAUCCUCAAGCCACUUCUUCCCACCCAAGAUCUUACCCUUAAGGGCUCAAGCCAUGGCCUGACUGUCUCCACUGGCAUGGCCCCCACUUUGCUGCAGCCUAUUGCCAUGGCCUCCCUGUCUACAAACCCAGAACAAGACCGGAUUUCUCGAGGAACAAGUACAGUUAUACCACAGGCCUCUAUACUCCAGCAAUCAGGACCAUUUGAGGAGGCUGAGGGAUAGAUUACUGUUGCUCAUCCAUUGCUCUGGGAAACUAAGAGAACCUAAUUGGGAAUAAGGUGUGAAUGAACAUUCCAAAUCAUGCCUCCUUCUAUCAGUUGAGUCUGCCAUCAAUAGACUCCUAAACGUUUUGAUAGUGACAUGCCCCAGCUGUCUGUGGUGAUGAUGUCAUGAUGAGCUUCCAUAAGAACGCAGUACUUGUGACUGCUGUACCCCAUUUGUGAAGUCUCAAACUCAGUUCAUAUCCCACUUUUUUUUUUAAGCACUGGUUAAAAGAAAAAGGCUGUAUCAUUCUUUACUUUUGGAGGACCAUUUUAUCACAAUGCUUUUUGUGUCCCAAGUUAGACUUUUUAAAGAGCAAACAGAUCCCUGCAAACAUAAUUACCAAAGGGAGAAGUUACUGAUGCUGCAAGAACCAUCUUUUAUAUGAAAAUGACUAUUUUAUAAUAAUAACAAAUGUUAAUUUUCAGAUGCAUAGCAGACAAUAGGAUGUUCAGAAGACGUUUCCUUGGCCACUGUUUUUUCGUUUCCUUUUCUAGAUGUAUGCUUUUCUCAGCUGUUCUCCAGCUGCUGGGACCAAAGGGAUUGUUGACAUUUUCCAGCAAUCUUAGUUGCUUGACUGUGUUCUUCUCCCAACCAACAACAGAUAAAUAAAUGCAUUGAACGUUUGUAUGUAAAAAUACACACACACAAAGCAAUAUUAGUUCAUUAUGUGAUGUUGUUUUUUGAUGUCAGAAGUUUUGUGCUUUGGAUAAACCCUCCUUUUAAAAGUGCUAUUUCCUCUUCCACAUUUAAGAUUCCUGUAUACCUUUAUCUGCAUGGUGAAAAAACUACACUCUGGAUACAAGUGCUUUAAUAUGCUAUCAGUGGAGUUUUGUUAGAAAAUCAAUGAGCCAAAAAAUAACUUAACCCCCAUUCUUGAUCACUAUAGCUAGGAGUAGCAUACUCCCCUAGUUAUCAACAGUGUGUGAAAUCAUGUGAUCUUACCCCCUUAGCACAAAAAUCACUUCUUCAACUCAGCCCUCAGUGUAUUGUAGCCCCAAGUGGUCCUGAUGUGGCUGUGCAUGGAUCCCCUCCCUUGCUUUUGUGACCUUGCAGUCAGUGUUGUGGAUUUAUUCAGGGCAGAUUGUGCUAUGUUCCACUGCAGCCAGUGGUCCCCCUUCCUGCCCCCUCCCCCAAAGGUCAUCUUCCUGAUCCCAGUUGUCUGAGAGUAUGGUUAGGUUUGUUGCUUUGUUUUUUUACAUGUAAGGGAAAAAAUAGAAAGGAAAAUGAAAAUAGAAAGAAAAUUAAAGAGAGGGGAUCUUCUCCCAUUGAGAGGUGACACAGUUUCAGCUUAGGCAAGUCCUAAUACAAAAAACUGCAGAUAGAACCAAUAGCUGUAGGUUAUUUGACUAUCAAAGCAACUCUUAGAAAAAUUCCAGAUAAGAACAUUAGUGGGUUAGCGAUGGAGAGAUUGAGGGGCAGCUAUUUUGCAGUGUCAGAGUAAAUAAAACUGAUAGAAGCAUCCUUUUAAAAACUUCAUACAGUAGCUUAAUAUGCAAUAAUUUUAUAUCCCUACAAAUACUACAGUUAGAAUCCAGUAUUCCAGUAUUGGGCACUUGAAAUGAAGAAAACAACUUCACCUGUUCAAUCAGCCAUAGUUUUCUAAGCUCACACAGUUCUGUCCCUUCAGGGAAAAACUGGUAGUAGCAAUAAGUGUUUUCAGAAGACUGUACCGAACUUGUAUUCAUAUUCUUUUCAAACAAUUGGUUGAUUAAAACCUGUUAUGUAAUUUUAAAAUGAUGUGACUUAGCCAUAUGCAUACAUUUGAACAAAUCUGUUCCACAUCAGUUGGUAGGUACAGUGUACUUUGAUACCCUUUUUAUCUGAGACUAAUUCUGAGUAUACUAUAUCUCCUUCUGCAGUUAAGCUCUCAAUUAUUCAGGAGCUGAUCAUCCAGUUGUUAUCUUGAAGCCCAAUUUCUCUUCCAUCUUGUUUCUGUCUUAGAUAAUUCACUGUUCAUUAUCUACUGUACAAAAAAAAAGAGCCAGGGACAUGAAGAGAUGUAAAACAAAUCCAUCAGUUUGGCUCCUUCUUCAUUAGUGCUUCUGGUGAAAGGUGUAGAAGGAAGUUGAAAUCAAUGGCUGAGAACCCUAGAGUUUCUGGGUAAUUUAUGAAUUUUAAUAAUCCUUGCUAUAUUUUCUUUUCCUCUUAUACACCUUCCAUUUAAAAAAAAAAUCUGUAAUACAGGUUGUCUGCAAAUUCAAUGCUUUUAUGUAGAUGUAUACCUCUAUCCAACAUAGACAUUACCUAUGAAUGUUCCACAUUUACUUAAUCUGAAACAUUUAAAAAUGACACUUGAAGCAGAUGUUUAAGAAUUAUUUUUCAUAUACACUUUGAAUUUAAGCAAAAUCUUAUCUAAUCUACUUGGCUUUGAGAAGAAUGAAAAUCCCCAGGUAGAUACUUCUUUGGCUUCCAAAUUAACCUUGAAUGCAUUCUUAUGUUCUGAGCUUUGAAUCUUUUUAUUUCAUUCGAUUCGAUACAGAACUUUACAGCAAUUGCCAAAGGGCUUAUCUCAGCAUAUAAGCUUCUAUUGUAAUCUUGAAAAAAUUAAUAACCACUCUAACUGUUGGCCUUUCACCCAUCUCUUUUCAUAGGCUUUUGAUGAAUUUAAGAUGAAGCUUAAUCUUAAAUAUAGUGUUGCUACUACAAUUUAAGUUCUUACAUUUAUGAGCUAUUAAAUAGAAUAAAAUUUCUAAUGGAUGAGAUUUGGGGAAAACAUUAAUUUAGAAAGUGUUACCAUUUCCCCAAAAUAUUAUCAAACAAGCAAUAUACACACAUAUGUACGCAUGUGUGUGUAUACAUAUGUACGUAAUGGCAGAGGUGGUAACUCCACAUUCAGGUCAAGGAUCAUGGAUCUAGGGCUAGAAGGGGACCUUAGAGGUCAUCUAGCUAAACUCCUUGAUUUUACAGAUGAGGAAACUGAGGCCAAAAGAGGUUAAAUGACUUGUUUAGAGUCGCAUAACUACUAGGAUGCUGAGCCAGAAUUGAAAUUCAAGUCAGCCAACUCCAAGUCUAAGACUUAUUAAAAUAAAUUUACUGCUUUUCUGGUGGAGGAUUGAGGGUGGGAAGAGGAGAUGUUACUCUGGAGAAGAUUAUCAUUUUCUCAGUAGAUGAGCUUUUCUUGCUAUCAGAUAGCUUCUUAAAUACAAAGCUACUCUAUUAUCUCUGAACCUGAAUAUGUGUGGUGUAAGGGAAGGGCACAAGAUUUGGAAUCAGAAGAACCAAAUCUGAAUCUAGCAGCCAUGGUGACACGGUCAAGCCCUCUUGAUCAGUUUCCUCAUCUGUAAAUGAUAGUGUUGAUUGGUCUAGAUGAGAUCUUAAAUACCUUUCAAGUCUAAAUCCUAUGGCCUUGUUCCUUAAAGCUCUCUUGAGAACUUACUACAAUUGCUUGUUUUUUCACCUAUCAAUAAUACAGCUUAGUAUGAGCACUAAAAUCGGUCUUACAUUCUAUAGGUUCCUCAAUAGGAUGUUUAAAAUUUAAACUUCUAACUAAACUUGAAAAUCCAAUUGGACCUUUUAAAUGCUGUGAUACGAAGAGGCCAUUUUGUUCUACCUAUGGUGGAGCAGAAAAGCAUUUAUUUUUUCCAGAAUGUGGAUUUUGCUGGAAGAAGUGAUAUUAUUCACAAAUGGGUUAUUAAGGCUAUUUUUCAUUUUUUUUUUGUUAAAUGGGACAAAUAAAAGUGCCCUAAGUGCCACCAGCAGGGUUUGAUUUAUUACUCAGUGCUUUAGAAAAAUUCUAAAAUAAUUAAGAUAUUGGUUUUUUAAUCCAGUUCUGUCAUUGGUGCUGAAUUUAUCAUUUAAUAUCAAAAAAAUCUGACUUGGUACUCUACGGCUUAAACCUAGUUCAGAAUUUGUUGUCUUAAUAGAUAUGCAGAACAGUCAAUGACAAAUGGCACACUGAUGAUGGUGAGAGGAGAAUUUGGGAAGGCAUUGGGGAGAUCUUAUUGCAUCUUUAUGUUGAGGGUGUGCACUAUAAGAAAAAGCAAGGUAGUUUCCUUGAAAAAUUGUCCUGUAUAUCAGUGUUGUUAAUGAUGUUAAAUAUUAUCAUAUGUAUAAAAGGUGUUAAGUGUAUACAUUGUACCUUAAGAAUUGUUGGUGCCUCAUGGAAAAAAGUAGUUUACUUUUUAUGUAAAGACAAGGUAUUUGUGCAUCUUGGUGGAGUUAAGAGAUAUUUUUCCUUUCUACUGUUAAAAAAAUUUUCAUGAAAAUUUGGAUUAUAUUUUUGUUCCAGAAAUAUCUUUGUUGUAUAAUUUGUUGUAAAUGGUAUGAUCUGCAGUGGAUUAAUAUAAAGAAUAGUGCAUGUAAAGUA